CAACGAAUUCACCGUCUCGAAACGUUUUUGUAGCUUAUUUUCACAACACUAGUUUUCGUUAUACAUGCAUGUGCUAGACGUGCACAUUUUAUUAUCCAACGGAUAACAGUUUCCGGCUACGGAGUUGGUGUUUAUCCUCUUUCAUGCGAUCUGUGCAGCCAGGACAUGAACAUGUAACGUUAGCUAGCUGUCUGUUACAUACGAGGUAGGUUAACGUUAGCUGCUAGCUGCUAGCUACGUCGGCCCGGCUGUAUGUGAGCACAAAGGCCGCGGACACCGUCUCGCUAUUUAACAAUGUAUCCUUCAUGGGGUAAUUACGGGGCACAGCAGUCACACAACUUUGGAGGGGCCAGACCCCACAGGCCGCCCGGCGGCGGCCAGGCACCGGGGUUCGGCAGCUUCGAAGCCCCUUCGGGCGGCUCGAUGUUCUCCAGUCUCCAGGAGCAGCACCGGCAGCAGAUGCAGCAGCUGCAGAUGCUGCACCAGAAGCAGCUCCAGUCCGUGUUACACCACGGGAAUAGUACGAGUGCGUACGGCGGGGGCGGACAGUCGGGUGGAUAUCAAGGAUCAACGUGGCAUUCAGACGGAGCAGGACGUCCAGACAGCGGGUCUGGGGCUCAGUCGUACUUUAAAAAAGACGAGCCUCCCACCCAGCCGACAAGAGGUCCACCUGCACCUCAGCUGGGUCACUCACAGCCUCCUCCCCUUCCAGCACAACCGCACCCCAACGAUCCCCAACCUGUUCUUCCUCCAGAGCCAUCGACAUCCAAACCACCAGAGCACAUCAGUGCUCCCAAAGCCCAAGAGGCCAACAAGAAAGAUCCAUCCACUGCAGAGGAAGACGCGUCCUUACCUUUGCAGGAGCAACAGCAACGGUGGUAUAAACAACAUCUUCAAAAUCUACAAAAGUUGAAGCAAGAUAAAGCCAAACUUAGCCAGAAAGAGGGUGAUGGUCUUUUGCCACCACCACCACCCUCCGGUCCACAGGUUCCUUUGACUUCAUCAGAAUCACAAAAAGGUGCACCUCCUCCACCCCCUCCAAAAGAGGAGCCCCCAGCACCACCUCCACCGCCUGACGAGACAACACCUGAUUUCCCACAAGACCCAGAGGAGGCUGCCCGCCUACAGCAGUUACAGGUUGCAGCAGCGCAGUGGCAAAAGGUGCAGCAACAGAGAGCAGGCGUACAAUACCAGGCUCUCAUGCAACAACACGAAAAGCUUCAGCAGCUCCUGGAAAAAUACCAACAGUUAAUUCAGCAACCUACAAAUCUUCAGACAAUGUCUGCUGAAAUGCAGCUGAAGCACUUUGAAAUGCAACAGCAGCAGUUCACCCCUUUGUUACAAGACUGGGAUCACUCUUUCGUCCUGUGGUAUGAGCAGUUCAAGACUUAUCCCCACAAAGACCAAUUGCAGGACUAUGAGCGUCAAUGGAAGCAGUGGCAGGAGCAGAUGAACGCCACCAAUGCCCACCUUCAAGAAAGGGUGGCCACUCUCACUGCCAUGGUGCCAUUUGCCUCAAGCCAGUAUAGUAGUGGUAUGAUGGGACAAUUUGGCCAGUACCCUGGACAAGACAUGCAGCAGCAGCAGCCAGCAAAGCCGUCUUUGCAGCAUUCCCCACUUAGUGUUGGACCCAACGCUCAAGGUCCACAGCCUUCUGGCUUUGGGACACAUUUGGAAUCAACUGCUGGACCCCCUUUGAGAGGAGCGGUCCCUGCUAGCAUAGGAGUCAGACCCCCAAGUCCCUCCAACAGUCAGCCACCAAGCAUCAACAGCAUUGGAGGUCCACGUUCUGCUGGUCCCAGCGGAAGCAACCCUAGAUUUGACCAGCCAGAGCAGCGCUUCGAUGGUCCUCGAAGAUUUGACCAGCCACAGCAGGGCUUCGAUGGUUCCCCAAGAUUCGACAAACCACAGCAGGGCUUCGAUGGCUCCCCAAGAUUCGACAAACCACAGCAGGGCUUCGAUGGUUCCCCAAGAUUCGACAAACCACAGCAGGGCUUCGAUGGUUCCCCAAGAUUCGACAAACCACAGCAGGGCUUCGAUGGCGCCUCAAGGUUCGACAAACCACAGCAGGGCUUCGAUGGCGCCUCAAGGUUCGACAAACCACAGCAGGGCUUCGAUGGCGCCUCAAGGUUCGACAAACCACAGCAGGGCUUCGAUGGUCCCCCAAGAUUCGACAAAUCACAGCAGGGCUUCGAUGGUCCCCCAAGAUUCGACAAACCACAGCAGGGCUUCGAUGGUCCCCCAAGGUUCGACAAACAACAACAGCGCUUUGAUGGUCCCCCGAGGUUUGACCAACCACAACAGCGCUUUGCCGGUCCCCCGAGGUUCGACAAACCACAGCAGCGCUUUGAGGCCCCCACUCGAUUUGACCAACCAAGGCAGCGCUUUGAUGGUCCCCCUCGUUUUGACCAACCAAGGCAGCGCUUUGAUGUGAAAUCCGAAGACAGUAAGAUCGGCGGAACAAGGAACUUGUGGAGACUUGCUCUCUCCCAACGUCAGCAUGAGAUCAUCUUGAAAGCUGCUCAGGAGCUUAAACUUAUCAGGGAGUUGCAGGAGGGGAAGACACCUGGUACUGAACAUCAGCCUGUAUCAACUGACAUCCUGUCUGAGCUUCCUGCUGGUCUUCUUGGUUUGGAGAUCCCACCAGAUGUCAGGAAUGUUCUGAAGGGCAUGACUGCAGCAGCACAGACGUCUGUGACUAAACCUGUGUCUUGGGAUACAACGCCUGCUGCCACAGAUUACCAGACUUCUCUCUCCAAACCUUCAAUGAUUCCAAAGACUGUGGAGUAUGGGCAUGGGCACGAGCCAGGAGCCACUGUUGAGCGGAUUGCUUAUGGUGAGAGAAUUGUGUUGAGGCCUGACCCAGCACUAACAGACAGGGGCUAUGAAAAAGAACCUCUUGGUCCCAGAGAUCCUUACGGUAGAGACCCAUAUUAUGAAAGACGACCAGACCCUUAUAUGGAUCGUCGCGACUACAGCCGAGAGCGGGAAUCGUACAGAGAAAAGCUGCCGUCUGAAUAUGAAAGAGACCGAUAUGAGAGGGAGCGAUAUCCCCCACGAGAGAGAGAUGACAGCACACAGUCCAUGAUCGAAGAAAGAUCUCCACUGGCACCUCCUUCACGCUCAGCAUACAGGGAGCGAGAGCGGGAUGUUCGAGACAGGGAGAGAAGUGACAGUCGUGAACGAGAGGAACAUUACGGAAGGCCGGGCUAUGACAGACCUCCAUACGAGCGCACCGGGCUCGACCGCAGUGCGCCUGAGCGUUACGGCCGUAGCUCCUCCCCUUACGCCGAAAGAAGAAGUUAUCCAGAAGACAGAGGGCCUCCUACUGCACCGCCCCUCCCACCUCCACCUCAGCCACCCCCACGAGUCGAGAGGAAGCCAGAAAUCAAGAAUAUUGACGAUAUCCUCAAACUACCUGGCAGAUCAUCUCGCCCUGAAAGGAUUGUCAUCAUAAUGAGAGGGCUUCCAGGAAGCGGAAAAAGUCACGUUGCAAAGCUCAUACGGGAUAAGGAAGUCGAUUGUGGCGGUGCGCCUCCAAGAGUUCUUGUUUUGGACGAUUAUUUCAUGACAGAGACUGAGAAAGUACAAAAAGAUCCAGACACGGGGAAAAGGGUCAAGAACAAGAUUCUUGAGUACGAGUUUGAGUCUGAGAUGGAAGAUACUUACCGGAACAGCAUGCUUAAAACAUUUAAGAAAACUCUGGAUGACGGCUUUUUCCCCUUCAUCAUUUUAGACACUAUUAAUGACAGGGUUAAACAUUUUGAUCAGUUCUGGAGCGCAGCCAAAACAAAAGGCUUUGAGGUGUAUCUGGCUGAAAUCACUGUAGACACUCAGACAUGUUCAAAGAGAAAUGUCCAUGGGCGCACUCUUAAGGAUAUAUUGAAGAUGUCCAACAACUGGGAGUCUUCACCACGUCAUAUGGUGCGCUUGGAUGUCCGGUCCCUGCUUCAGGAUGCUGCUAUAGAAGAGGUUGAAAUGGAAGACUUCAAUCCUGAUGACGAGCCCAAGGAUCUGAAGAGGGAAGAGGAAGAAGAGGGUGAUCUGGGCUACAUUCCAAAAAGCAAAUGGGAGAUGGACACGUCCGAGGCGAAACUUGACAAGUUGGAUGGUCUGGGGAGCGGCGGGAAGAGGAAACGUGAAGACAUGGAGCACCUGGACGACUACCUCCAGCUGCCAGACGACUAUGCCACGCGCAUGUCGGAACCCGGAAAGAAACGGGUCCGGUGGGCGGAUCUGGAAGAGCAGAAGGAAGCCGAUCGAAAGCGUGCGGUCGGCUUCGUGGUGGGUCAAACGGACUGGGAGAGAAUAACAGAUGAGAGCGGGCAGCUGGCACAAAGAGCUCUCAACCGGACCAAGUAUUUCUAAGAAGAUUGUGGUCUCCCCCUUUUUCCCCUUCAGUGAAAGGUGUCCAGAAUGUGAAAACAGCGUCGCUUAGGCUACUUGUGGUGAAACGAGAGACUCGUCCAUAUCACCGAUGCUUAUCAAAUUCAUAGUUAUUUUAUUGAGGAUGCAGUAUAGUUUUUUUUCUUCUUCUCAUUUUUAAACCGGCACGCAGAUGGAUUUGUAGUUUAUAACUCUGUGCUUCUUCUGGUCAUGUAUUCUGUCUUCAGACCCGAUUCUUGCUGUUUUUUACUCGUCGUGCUUUCUGUACUGUUUACCUGUCGCAAUGUUUUUUUUGAUCUGUGAAUACUUGGAAAAAAACACAAUAAAACUUUCACAAAAUCA